AUGACCACCUGUGAACGCGCCACCAAGCGCGCGAAGACGAAGGCGGCGUCGCCGGCGAUCACAUCGCUGUUGAACCCUACGUUCGACGAGAAAAACUUCGCCAAGGCUAAGGUGCACGCCAAGAUGUGCUUCCGGUGCCCGGUGACUAUCGACAACGUCUUCCGCGCGCCGGCCCUUGAGCACGUGGAGGUGUUCUACGAGUCCCGAAAGAAGAGCACCGAAAAAAGCUUCCACCAAUUGAGCAAUACAGAGACGCUCGCGUGGGUGGAGUCCUUCAUGGAUAACAAGACGCUCAUGGGGUUCAUCAUCUACGCGAUGCUCUUCCCGAAGCUUUUGCAUACUAGAUUCAAGCUCAAUGCAGACACUUACCACUGGGAUGGGUCCGCACGCUCGGUUUUCAAGGGUCUCCCUUUUUUUUCCAACCGCGAGUUCUCCAUGAUACACUCCAAGCGACGAGAAAUCGGGAGCUCUUUCGUCUACUCUUCCUGUUCCAUGGCACUAUCGCUGCUUUGGUUUGCGACCGCUGUGCUGGCGCGGCCCUGCUGCCUAGAAUCCAUCGCGGGCAUCAACAGGGAAACCAAGAGGUCUCCGAUCUUAUCGUGGACAACGCAGCGAUCGUGGGGGCAGCACCGCUUCAUCUUGCGGCAGCUUCUGGUAAUCUUGGCGCGGUGA